CGUAAAUAAAUAAUAAUUAUAAAGAAAUUUUUAAAAAAUCAAAAAGAUAUAGAUAUAUCUAUUUUUUACUAUGUCACAUAAACAGUUUGAAAAAUCUAUUUAACUUUUCGAUGAUGAUAUCGUUAAAAACUAUGAAUUAUGAUGCAAAGCUUAAAAUGACGAAACGCUUAUAACAAAAGGCUUGACAGAGAGUGUUGUAAUAAUUGUUUCGUCGUUUCAAUUAAUAAUAUUUUAUUGACAAUUUGCUUUCAUGUUUAAAUGUUUACAAUUUUCUUGAAGUUACAAUUAUUUUUUAAACAUCUUUGAUUUUAUUUCCUUGUUUUUAUUCUCGUUAUAUUAUGAUUUUUUGUUCAAUUUUUUCAUAUAUAUAUAUAUAUAUAUAUAUAUGUGCAUGUAUGACACGUAUAUGUAUGUGUAUAUUUAUGUACAUGUAUAUAAUAUGUGUAUAUAUAUAUAUAUGUAUAUAUAUAUAUAUAUAUGUAUGUAUGUAUGUGUGCGUAUUAAAUCGUUAUUCUAGUUAAGAAAUAUAAAAAUCAUUUUCUAGUGAUACUAUGUCGUAAUAUAUUUAUAUAAUAAAAAAUUUUCAACAUUUUCAUAAAAAGUGUGUGUCAUUUCAUUGAUGACCAACAACUAAUUCUAUUUCAAAUCUCUUUCUUGUUAUAUAUAUUAAUAAACUAUAAUUUAUACAUAUAUGUAUCGAUUGUUUCGAACAUUUGAAUAAAACUGUUAUUUAUAUAUGCAUUAAACUAAACGAAAAGAUUUUUUUUGUAUUUUCACUCUGUAUUUAUUAUACAUACAUACAUACAUACAUAUAUAUAUAUAUAUAUAUAUCGUUAAACAUUUGCGUAAUAUAGAUCAAUUUUUUCAAUUGCAUAUUAUUUUUUAAACGAAUUAUAAUUACGAAUUAUGUAUAAUAAUUAUGAAUAAUUAUUAAUUAUGAAUUGAUUUAAAGUGAUUUUGUAUAUAUAAAGAAAUUUGUAUAUAUGCAAUUACGUGUAGUUAAAAGAUAGAAAAACCAUCAAAUUUAUGUUUAUGAUUUUAUGUUUUCGUGUUUUAAAAUUUAUUAAUUUUGAACUUAUUAUUAUAAACAAUAUUGGUUAUAAUUUAAAAGUAAAUUUAAUAACGAAUAAUUUUUGAUAACAAUAUAAUUUAAUAUUUACGCAAAUAUAAAUAUAUAUGUACAUCUAUUUAUAUUUCACUUUUUAGUUUUUAUUUCAACAAAUUAAUUUCAUCUUAUUAUUCUAUGCUAAUAUAAUCACAGAUUUUAAUUAAAUUAAUCUAAAAAAGAAAAAAUAUUAUUGAUAAAAAAUAUAUCUAUAUUACAAUGAUUACAAAAAUUUUAAUUAUAUAUCGGUAGAUAAAGAAUAAAAAAAAAAUAAAUACAGUUAUCUAAAAUUAUUAAAUAAUUUCGAUUAAAUAAAUUCGAUUGGAAAUAAAGAAGAGUGAUUUUUCAUUAAAUUAAUUUUUUUUAUCAAUUUUUUUAUUAAAUUGAUUAAAUAAAAGUUUUAUUUCAACAUAUGUAUACAGUAUGUAUAUAUAGAUGUAUAUGUAUGUUUUUAAAUAUUUAGCAUAUGAUAAUUUAAUUGAUUAUUACUGAUUUAGAUAUUUUGUAAAUUUCGCGUAUACAAAAAUAAGCUCGAUGAAAGGAAAAAAAAUUAAUAAUCGGUUAUAGUUAAAAUGUAUGAUCGACCGCAUUAUCGAAAAAUAAAUAAUGCUGCGCACGCUCCUUAAAGGGAAGUUGAUUUUCAUAGUACCUGGCGGCUAACGCAAGUCAUAACAGAACACUCUGAACAGGGGUUGUUCAGUGUCGUCUUGACAGUAGUUGAGAUUGGAGUUGAAUCUGUCUUUCUCAUAUUACGUAUAUAUAUACAUAUAUGUAUAUAUAUAUACAUACAUACACACAUACAUACAUACAUACAUACAUACAUCAUAUAUAUAUAUAUAUACACAUAUAUUGUUGCACGUUGUCCAACAGAUAGUCUAUAUUGUUAUAUUUUAGACUACGUUCUACUACAGAUUCUAUUUGUGUUUUGAUGCAAAUAACGUUUUUUCUAUUGGCUGACUAACUUUAUUUUGUCAUAUAUGUCAUAUAUCUUGUUAUACUGAAAUCGCAAAUCGAUCGGAAAGAAGAAAAAAAGAAAAAAAAACAAGAAAGAAAGCUAUCGAGAAGGAAAAAGCAAGCAACGAGCAAAACGAUAACAUCAAAUAUCAAAAAUUUUCUUAAAUUUGCGCUUUUUUUUUAAAUUGAAAAAUGGCUGAUCACGAAAGAAUCAGAUUGGUGAUAUUAGGUGGUGCCGGUGUUGGGAAGAGUGCAAUUAUACGUCGUUUGCUCGGUCAAGGAUUCAGCGAAAGAUACAGACCUACGGUCGAAGAUCUCUAUACGAGGGAAUGCGUUCUUGGUACGCUUACUCUCAAAGUUGAUCUUUUGGAUACUGCGGGUGACUUACAAUUCCCAGCUAUGAGAAGAUUGAGCAUAGCUACGGCACAUGCGUUUCUUCUUGUUUACGCUACGACAUCUUUGCCUAGUUUCGAAUGCAUAAAGCGAUGUUUUGAAGAAGUGAGGGAACAACGACCGGAUUUUCAGGAAGUACCGAUAGUCGUUGCUGGAAAUAAAUUGGAUCUUGCAACAACGCGAAGAGAAGUACCGAUCGAAGAUGUAAGCGAAUGGUUAUAUUGCGAAUUACCGAAACUUCGUGCCAAAAUAAUGGAAUGUUCGGCUAAAGAUGAUUAUAACGUCAAAGAUAUUUUCCGAUGUUUCAUUACUUUAUCCAAGAUCGUUCCAAAAAAUCAUGUUGGCGAGUCAGACGAGUCGGGACUUCGACGGAGAUGUUCCGCAUAUGGAUCGCGCAGAAGCGAUCGAGUCGGUAGAUCUGGCAGUCCACACGGUAGAACCGGAAGUGCCGGUUCUGUUGGCAAUUCUCAGCAAAUGGUCCCAGCACAAAGUACAAAUGUCGUCGCCAUCAAUGAGGAGGCGAAGAGCAAACCGCGCAGUCGUAGUUUAAUUCGACGCACUUCGCGAAAAACUAAACAACAAAUUAGAGACACUUAUACGGAUGAUUGUAAUAUCUCUUAAUUACACACACUCAUCCAUCUACACCUACACCUACACAUACGCGCACAGACACACACACACAUAUACACAUUCUCUCUCUCUCUCUCUCUCUAUAUAUAUAUAUAUAUAUAUAUAUAUAUAUCUAUUUUCAUUAUAUAUAUUUUAUUAAUCAUUAUAUUUUAUUAAUCAUUCAUUCUAUUUAUCUAUCUUUUUCUCUUUUUAUUUACAUUUUUCACAUAUAAUUAUUUAACUCAUUAUCAUUAAUAAUCAACAAAAAAAUUCGUUAAAGAAAUGAUAUAAUGUUAUAAAUCAAGAAUAUUCAACGAUUCUUAGUUUGAACAUUCAAUCGUAUUUUAUAAAAGAAUCAACAGUAAUUUUAUCUUAGAACAUUAAAUAACGUGUUGAAUAACAUUAAUCUCAUAUAAAAAAUACAAAAGUGUUGACGAAAAAUUUUAUCCAUUUUGGUCAUACGCGUUAAUGAUUAAAGAAAGGACCAAACAGUUUUGAUAACAUAUUUAUAAAAAAUAUGAUUAAUAUUUUAUAUUUUUAUCUUCCAAUUAUUUAAUCAUUUUUUGAGAAAAAUAUAAAGUGGACCAAUAAAACUUGAUUAUCUUCCUUUUUCCAAUCUUCUUACUAAUUCAUCAUUCUUAUAUAUCUACUUCUUAUUUGUUUUUAUUUUGGAUCUAUACUGAUCCAAUCCGUCCGUUUGUAUAUUAAUAUUUAUUCUUAAAACAUCUAGCAAUUGUUUAUUUAUGCAAUUGUUUUGAAUACUAUAUUAUUGCGUGCGCGCGCGCGUAUACCAAACUUAAUGCGUAUAUAUGUAUAAAAUAAACAUUUCAAUAUUCAUAUCAAAUCGAACCAUUUAAUGAUUUCGUUAAAAUGUAUUCAUCAAGUAUAUGCAAAUUUUUUGCACUUAUUAAACGAUUCAGCGAUUCAAUCGGAUCAUUAAAUAUAUAAAUAACGAAAAAAAAUAUUUUUUCUAUUAAAUAUUUUUAAAACUUUUCUUCAUUUUUAAAUUCGAAUAUUUAUAUACGUAUAUAUACGUAAUAUACGUAAUAUAUACGUAAAUAUUUAUAUACGUAUAACUAUGCAUGUAUAAUCUAUCGUGAAUCAUAUAUUAUAUAUCGUUUCCUAUUGAUGCAAACAACAAUAAUGCAACCAACAUGAAUACAAAAUAAAAAAUUUAUCAUAUUAUUGCAAAUGUCUUUGCAAAAACAAAAAAUAUAAAUAUUACAAUCAAUAUGUAUAAAUAUGUAUAAAUAUUAAAUAAGCAUAUAUAUAUGCUUAUAAUAUAUGUAUAAUAUAAACAUAUUUUACAAAAAGAUGGAAAUAUAGGAUGUGAAAUAAAUAUGAAAAUAGCUGAAUAAUAUUCUAAUAGAUAACUUUAAAUAUAUAUCUUGAUGUUCAUGAUAGAAUUAAAUUACAUUAUUUCAAAAAAAAGAAAAAAAAUUAGAAACAAACAAAAAAAGAUCGUUUAUUAAGAAAUUGUAGUAACGUUAGAAUUUGUGUCUGAGUUACAAUCAUUAUCUAUUCCUUCGAACAAAUAUCUAUAAUGUUGAAUAUAUGGUUGAUAACGUUCUCCUUUUGUAAAAGUUGUAGCAUUGCAUAAAUGUAAAUUACGUUGUUUAAAAAAUUUGAAAACUGAAUAAAAAAGCGUUGCAUCUCCUGUUGCUUUUGCUGCUUCCAGAAAUUUUCUAUCGGAUAUUUGAUCUACCAUUCCAACUGAUCGAAUAUAACUAUAAUUAGCAAAUAGGAAAAAAAAUUAAAUAAAUUAAUCUCAAAGAAUCGACAAAACUGACAUAUAAAAAAUCAUAUGUAUAUACAAACAAAUAUUUAACAUUUACCGUAAUGCUGGUAAAAUAUAUCCUUUUGAUAAAAGUACUUCAAUUAUUUCUUCAUGAGCAUUUCCUAAUCGUUUCAGCAUAUCUAAUGCAAGCUGAUGAGCUGC